AUAAAUACAGAAGCGUCUGGGUUUCGCUACCUUGCCUUUCCCUCAGCUUGCCUCAUCAUCACCUCCUAACACAUCAGCACCAAGAUGGCCUUUGCUGGACGAUGGGAAACUGAAUCCCAGGAGGGCUAUGAUGACUUUUGCAAACUCCUCGGUAUCCCUGCUGACAUCAUUGAGAAGGGCCGUGACUACAAACUGAUCACAGAGGUGACCCAGGCAGGAAACGACUUCACCUGGACUCAGAUCUACCCCACAAAUGCUAAGGUUGCCAACAAAUUUACAGUUGGCAAGGAAAGCGAAAUGGAGACCAUCGGAGGAAAGAAAUUCAAGGCCACCGUGCAAAUGGAGGGAGGCAAGCUGAAUGUUAACUUUCCCAACUACCACCACACCUCUGAGAUCAGUGGAGGAAAGCUUAUUGAGACCUCCACAGCUGGCUCUGUUGUGCUUAAAAGAACCAGCAAGAAGCUCUAACUACAAUAUGAUCCUUGACUACAUGCGUAGUUGGAGACUACAUUUAUUGCAAUAAAUAAUGUUUGACAUUAUCAUGGAUUGACUGAUUCAUUCAAACAAGUUCAACAAAAAAAAUCAGAAUUUUACAGGGAAAUAAAGCCAACCAAAAAGGCUGAACAUUCAGUUGA